CCAAGCGUCUCGCAGGCGUAAUUGUGUUUUGCUAAAGUGGUGUUAAUAGACGCAUUUUGAGGAUGCUGCAUCACGCAUUGUUGCUGCAUUGCAUUUUGAAGCAAGGUGCUGUACUGGAGAGAUCUUGCAGAACAGAUCCAACAGGAAGAAGAAACCUUUGUCAACGCGCCCUUUACCUCAGAAAGACAAUACAGAAAGGCCCCAGGAUCCACUGAAAUCAUGGCUUCCAGCGUUGCUCUUCGGGUGUCCUCCGCUGGCGCUGCCUUUGCUGCGCAGACUAGGAGCUCAGCAAGGCCCACACAGGCCAGCUUGGCGACCCCUUUCCUUGGACAGAGGGUGAAUGUGCCUUCUGCAAAGGCUCAGAAGGUCAAGGCACAGAAGGCCAAGACGCACAAGCUUGCUGUCUUUGCCAAGCAGGUCGAGGUCCCGAGCAUUGAGUCCCAGGGCAAUGCCGCCUCCAGCCCCCAGGCGGCAACCUCCACCGCCACCGACCGCAAGGCCGGCCUCAACGACGUUGACAAGUCUGAGUUCAAGGGCAAGACCGUGUUUGUGAGGUCUGACCUGAAUGUGCCUCUGAAGGACGGCAAGAUCACUGACGACACCAGGAUCCGCGCUUCUGUCCCCACUCUUAAGUACCUCAGCGAGGCCGGAGCCAGGGUGGUGGUGUCCAGCCACUUGGGCCGCCCCAAGGAUGGCCCUGAGGACAAGUUCAGACUGACCCCUGUUGCUGAGCGCCUGUCUGAGCUGAUCGGAUUCAAGGUGGAGAAGGCCAACGACUCCAUUGGUGAUGAGGUGCAGAAGCAGAUCAAGGACCUGAAGGACGGUGGGGUCCUCCUUCUGGAAAACGUCCGCUUCUACAAGGAGGAGGAGAAGAACGACCCCGAGCACGCCAAGGCCCUCGGCAAGGGCAUCGACUACUUCGUGAACGAUGCCUUCGGUACCGCGCACAGGGCGCACGCCUCGACUGCCGGGAUUGCUAACUACGUGACAAGGAGUAUUGCCGGGUUCUUGCUGGAGAAGGAGUUGGCGUACCUCGAGGGAGCCGUGAAGGCGCCCAAGAGGCCGUUCGUCGCCAUUGUCGGAGGAAGCAAGGUGUCCUCGAAGAUCGGAGUCAUCGAGUCCCUCAUCGGAUCAGUUGACAAGAUCAUCCUGGGCGGAGGCAUGAUCUUCACCUUCUACAAGUCACGAGGCCUUGCAGUGGGUUCCUCCCUGGUUGAGGAGGACAAGCUGGAGCUGGCCAAGGAGCUCACCAAGAUGGCCGAAGAGAAGGGCGUCGAGCUCAUUCUGCCCACUGACGUCGUUGUUGCCGACAAGUUCGCUGAAGACGCCGAAAACAAGACCGUGAAGGUGGAGGAGAUCCCGGAGGGCUGGAUGGGUCUGGAUAUCGGCCCUGACUCGAUCAAGGCCUUCCAGUCUGCUUUGGACGGUGCCAAGACCGUCCUGUGGAACGGCCCCAUGGGCGUGUUCGAGUACGAAGCAUUCGCCAAGGGCACCUACGGCAUUGCGCACACGCUCAAGGACUUGACGGCGGCCGGCGCCAUUACCAUCAUUGGAGGAGGCGACUCCGUGGCUGCAGUGGAGAAGGCUGGACUCGCCCAAUACAUGAGCCACAUCUCCACCGGAGGAGGCGCCAGCUUGGAGCUUCUAGAGGGCAAGGUCUUGCCAGGUGUCGCCGCCCUCGACAACGUCCAGGUUCACGCUUAGAUGUCCUGUGUUGUGCGACGAGUAGAGUAGGAAGCACUUCGUUUUUGAGACGGGCCAAAGGUAAACAGGUACUGCAGGCUGCUACUAUGAUCAGGCACGCCGGACGCUCUUGAAGGACGAUAAAUAUGUCCGACGAGCUGUUGGCCACAUCGGCUGAGAGUAAAUUGCUUUUGCUUCGACCCGCACUGGAAUCAAUGUCACUGUCAGAUUCAAAUUGGUUGCGUGGCUU